AUGGAGGAGAAGAAUAAAUAUCGCCAGGCUCAUGCCAUUUUACAUCAAUUAGACUCGGCAGGACACAAUCUACCUGCUCAUCUUCAUUACAGUUCAACAACUGAUCGACAUCGGUAUAACCUACCAACUACAGAUGAGAUUGCAAUUGUAAUACGAGGUGAUGGAACAGAGGUAAAUGGAAUGAGAGAUAUUAUUUUACAUUUCCGAGGAAAUAAUGAGUUGAUGCAAAUUAAUGAAUGUCACCCAGCAUACUUGCCAUUACAUUAUGUUCUAUUAUUUCCAUAUGAGUAUUCAACAAUUUUGCGAGGUGGGAAACUAUUUCAAGAGUUUUUGGUAGAUGCUUGGGCUGCAACUGAGCAAAAUCGAUUGACAUACUACAAGCUUAAUCAAGAGAAACUUCGAGCUGAGCUUUACCAAGAGUUGUCAGAUAUGGAUCCAGAUUAUGUGCGACCUGGACAAAUUGGUCAAAGUGAAGAUGAAUGUCCAUUCACUUAUCAAGAAUUUCCACAACAUUUUGUCUGGCUCAAGUCAGAAAAGAGAUGGAAAUCAAGAGAAAGGGGAUAUGCAAUUGGUAGAAUGUACUUUGCAAGCCCUAAUUGUGGCGAAAGAUUUUAUCUACGUUUGUUACUAACCGUUGUCAAAGGACCAAAGUCGUUUCAGUCUUUACGCACAGUCGAUAAUGUUGUGCAUGAUACAUUUAAAUUAGCAUGUGUUGCAAAGGGACUUUUAGAAGAUGAUGAAGAAUGGAUACAAUGCUUGAAAGAGACUGUAGUUAUAAAAACUGGAUAUCAAUUGAGGAGAUUGUUUAAUAUUAUUCUCACACAGUGCUCUCCACUAAAUCCAUGCAAAAGUUUAAUUGACUUCCCACCCAUGCCACAACCUACCGCAAAUUGGAGUGCAGUAGUUGGUAAUCGAUUGAUAGUUGAACAUCAACAACUGCAGAGUGAGGCACAACACACAGAUCCACAAAUUAAUAUUGAUUGUCUCAAUAAUGGACAGCGGAAUGCUUAUAAUACAAUCACUUCCUCAGUUUUCCAAAAUAAAGGAACUGUUUUCUUUCUGAAUGGGGAUGUAGGAACAGGGAAAACAUUUCUAGACAAUACGAUUGCAUUAAAAUGUCGUAGCCUUGGGCAUAUCGUUGUUACUGGUGGCUUGUCUGGAAUUGCAUCACUGUUACUGAUUGGGACCAAUGUCCUCAAGAAAUCGUUAACCUUCCAUCAACAAUACACAAAUGUCAAGAUUGAAGAAUUACUCUCUACAGGCAUUCUUGCUCGAAAUGCAUAUGCAGUAAUACGGGAGGUAGCAGCUGCUAUUUUAAUACAGAAAUAUGUUCGCAGAUGGCUCUUCAUGGGUGCCUAUAUGCAACUUUGCUCUUCUGCUGUACUCAUACAAUCCAGCAUCUGUGGUUUCUUAACUCGGCAAAGAUUCUUGUACAGAAAGGAACAUAGAGCUGCCACUUUAAUUCAGGCUCAAUGGAGAAUGUGCAAGGUUCGUUCUACUUUCCGUCAUCGUCAAACAAAUAUUGUAGCAAUACAAUGUCGUUGGAGGCAAAAAUUGGCAAAGAGAGAGCUCCGGAGGCUUAAACAGGAGGCUAAUGAGGCAGGUGCCUUACGCUUGGCAAAGAACAAACUUGAGAAGCAGUUAGAAGAUCUCACAUGGCGGUUGCAGCUUGAAAAGAAAUUACGGGUGUCAAAUGAAGAGGGUAAAGUAAUGGGAAUUACAAAACUUCAGAAGUCAGUGGAAUCUUUGAGCCUUGAGUUAGCUGCAGCUAAAUUGGCCACAGUUAACGAGUGCAACAAGAAUGCGGUGCUGCAAAAUCAAUUAGAGUUGUUUGUGAAGGAGAAAUCUGCUUUGGAAAGAGAAAUCGUUGCACUGGCUGAACUAAAAAAUGAAAAUGCACUGUUAAAGAGUUCUAUAAAUACCCUGGAAAAGAAGAAUUCAGUGCUUGAGCAGGAGCUUAUCAAGGCUAAAGAUGAUACUAAUGAUACCAUGAAAAAGUUGAGGGAAGUUGAUAAAACAUGUUCACAGCUGCAACAGAAUUUGCAAAGUUUGGAGGAAAAGCUCUGCAAUUUAGAGGAUGAGAAUCAUGUACUGCGUCAAAAAGCGUUGAGUUCUCCGAAGGGCAGCCGUCCUGGUUUUGUCAAGCCAUUUUUGGAGAAGUACUCUGCUGCACUUGCUCUUCCCUAUGCUGAUCGGAAGCCUGUAUUUGAAUCCCCUACACCCACAAAACUUAUAGCACCCCUUUCACAAGGUUUAUCUGAUUCUCGCAGGACAAAGUUAACCACUGAAAGACACCAGGAGAAUUAUGAAUUUCUCUCAAGCUGUAUUAAAGAGGAUUUGGGUUUUAAAGAUAGUAAACCAGUGGCUGCUUGUGUCAUAUACAAAUGCCUUGUUCAUUGGCAUGCCUUUGAGUCUGAGAGGACGGCAAUUUUUGACUACAUUAUUGAGGGCAUUAAUGAAGUUUUGAAGGUGGGAGAUGAGAAUGUUACCUUGCCAUACUGGUUGUCUAAUGCCUCAGCACUUUUGUGCCUCCUGCAGAGGAAUUUACGCUCCAAUGGGUUUCUGACAGCUACUUCUCAACGUUCUGCUGGCUCUUCUGGGCUGAAUGGACGGGUUGCACAAAGCCUAAAAUCUCCUUUUAAAUACAUUGGAUUUGAGGAUGGUAUUUCACAUGUGGAAGCAAGAUACCCUGCCAUACUUUUUAAACAACAAUUAACUGCUUGCGUGGAGAAGAUUUUCGGUUUGAUUCGAGACAAUCUGAAGAAAGAAAUAUCACCCCUCUUGGGUUUGUGCAUUCAGGCACCUAAAAUCCAACGCAUGCAUGGUGGAAAGUCAUCUAGAUCACCUGGUGGUGUUCCUCAACAGUCACCAAGUAGUCAAUGGGAUAGCAUCAUCAAAUUCUUGGAUUCUCUUAUGAGUCGUCUACGUGAAAAUCAUGUUCCUUCAUUUUUUAUCCGUAAGAUCACUACCCAGGUUUUUUCUUUCAUCAACAUAUCACUUUUUAACAGUCUUCUGCUGCGACGGGAAUGUUGCACAUUUUCAAAUGGAGAAUAUGUGAAAUCUGGUUUAGCAGAACUAGAAAAAUGGAUUCUCAGUGCAACAGAGGAGUUUGCAGGAACCUCAUGGCACGAGCUAAAUUAUAUUAGACAAGCUGUUGGAUUUCUGGUGAUUCAUCAAAAAAGAAAAAAGUCUCUGGAAGAGAUUAGGCAAGAUCUUUGUCCGGCACUGACUGUUAGACAAAUCUAUCGCAUAAGUACUAUGUAUUGGGAUGAUAAAUAUGGCACUCAAAGUGUAUCAAAUGAGGUUGUUGCUCAGAUGAGGGAGAUGUUGAACAAGGAUUCUCAAAAUCUAACCUCAAAUUCAUUUUUGUUGGAUGAUGAUUUGAGCAUUCCAUUCUCUACUGAAGAUAUAUAUAUGGCACUUCCAGCAAUAGAUCCUUCAGAUAUUGAGCUGCCAACAAUCUUGUCUGGGAAUUCUUGUGCACAGUUCCUGUUCCAGACUACAAAGUAAAUGUUUCAUGAUUAGACUCCAAAAACAUCGUUUCUUUUAGCAAAUGCUAGCUUUAUCUGAAGGGAACAGUUCCUCCUGUAUCUCAGGUCUGAGUUAGACUGGCUUUCAAUUUUUAGACCUGACAAAUACAGGUAUCUGCAAUGCUUUUAUAUUUUGAAGGCCUAACCAUCAGACAACGGUGAGUUUAACUUAGCCAACUGCUGGAAUGUGUUCAAAAUAUCCCUUUUCGUGACAAGGGAUUCCUUAGAAGUUGAAUGGGGAUUGAUUAGGUCGCCCCAUUUAAUUACACGUGUUAGGAAGUAGUGAUUGUACAGUAAAAAGGAACAACUUGCUUAAAAGGCUUCUCUAUUUAUGAAGCUUAUUUUUAAGCUCUACUCUGUACAGGAUGAUCCUAUUGGAAAUGCAUUCAUGUUGUAUUUUGCUUCUGGUUUAGUUUU